GCAAUAUAUAAUGUUGAGAGCUGUACAUUCGAAAUUCAGAAUCGAAUGGAAGCACCAAGCAGACUAUACAUUAAUCUUAAAAGAGCUUAUAAAACAAGAUAUUUGCUGUCUAAGUAUCAAGUUAUUUGUGAUACUUAUAUUACAUUUCUGUGCUUAGCUGGAAUUAGCAAAACAAAAGAAACGUUUAAAAAAUAUUUGAAUUUCCUCCUAUGCAAUUCAGGGGAGCAUCAACGCAGUUAAAAUCAAAACAAAGUAGAAGUAAUAUUUCUUCAGCAUAAAAAUCCUUUAAUUAAUGGUCUAAAAGCCAGUGAAACGAUAAGAACCUACUGAAAACUUGUUUUAAAAUAGCAUUUGAAUACAUAGAUUGUUAAAACGUCAUCAAAUCAACAAUGAAUUCAUACGAUAGUGGUGAUGCCGAUUUUCAACGUCAUUCUCAAUUUAUCAGUACCAGCGUACAAAAAAUUUAUCAAAAUGUUUCGUCUAUGAAUCGUAUGGUAAAUCAAGUUGGAACUGCUCAAGAGACUCCAGAAAUUAGACAGCAACUACAUCAAAUUAGAACUUAUACUCAGCAACUAAUAAAGGAUACUGAUGCAUCAUUCAAAGAUAUUGUAAAUUGUAAGGAUCGUCAUUUAAAAAUUCAAAGAGAUCGCUUGGUUGAUGAAUUUACAGCUGCAUUAACGGCAUUUCAAGCUGUACAAAAGAAAACUGUUGAGUUGGAAAAAAAUGCAGUUCGGCAAUCGAAAGCUCACAUUUCGAUUCCAAAACCACCGUCAAGUAAAACAAAUAACAGUUAUUCAGAUUCACCAUUUGAGAAUAAUUUUGUGGACAACAGAGGACAGACUCAAGCUCAGCAGCAACAAGAAGAAAUCGACUUACAGGCAUUAGAGGAACAGGAACGAACGAUAAGAGAAUUAGAAGAGAAUAUUGUAGGUGUUAAUGAAAUUUAUAAAAAGCUAGGUGCAUUAGUCUACGAACAAGGUCAAACAAUCGAUUCGAUUGAGGCUUCCGUUGAAAAUGCAAGCGUUUUUGUGACAGAUGGAACUGAGCAGUUACGGCGUGCGAGUCAUUAUAGUAACCAAGCAAGGAAGAAAAAGGUGAUAUUGGCUCUCAUUCUUGCAACAAUUGUGGCUGUUAUUUUAUUACUGAUAUUCUUCCGAAAUUAAAACCAUUAGCAUUGCUUGUUAAUCAUCACUUUUAAAGUAUAGUUCUAAUCUUUCCAUUGAUUUAUUCUUAAAGUUAAGUCCUUGUGACUCGACUAACACAAAAUCAAUCAAAUUAUAAUGUGUUUAGCUUUGUUUCUAUUCUACUUCCCCCACU